UAUGUUUAAGUCUGUCAAAAGUCAACAUCGAUGAUUUUCGAGAUUUGUCCUGAUCAAUCAACAAAAAGUGACUGUGUUUUCUGGUUGUAGAACGACUAUUUUGGGGGCGGUUGUCUUCGAACAAGCUUAUUAAAAUGACGGUGAUUAAUAAGAUGGACGUGGAUGGGGGCCCCAAAGGCGAGGGUUUCCGGUCGUACUACAUCACAAAAAUCGAAGAACUGCAGCUGAUUGUGGCCGAGAAAAGUCAGAAUUUGAGGCGUCUGCAGGCACAACGCAACGAACUCAACGCCAAAGUGAGAAUGCUGCGAGAGGAGUUAAUGUUGCUCCAAGAGCAAGGGUCCUACGUAGGUGAAGUGGUCAAACCCAUGGAUAAGAAAAAGGUCCUGGUGAAGGUGCACCCAGAAGGUAAAUUCGUGGUCGAUAUUGACAAAAAUAUCGACAUUAACGACGUAACUCCCAACUGCCGGGUAGCCCUAAGAAACGAGAGCUACACCCUCCACAAAAUUCUACCCAACAAGGUUGAUCCUUUAGUGUCUCUAAUGAUGGUGGAAAAAGUCCCGGAUUCCACGUACGAAAUGGUGGGUGGUUUAGACAAACAAAUCAAAGAAAUCAAAGAAGUGAUUGAACUCCCAGUCAAGCACCCGGAGUUAUUUGACGCUUUGGGGAUCGCGCAACCAAAAGGCGUGCUUUUGUAUGGUCCCCCGGGAACGGGUAAGACUCUUUUAGCUCGCGCUGUGGCCCACCACACCGAGUGCACUUUCAUCCGGGUUUCCGGCUCAGAACUCGUGCAGAAAUUCAUUGGUGAGGGGUCGCGGAUGGUGCGCGAGUUGUUCGUAAUGGCGCGAGAGCACGCCCCUUCCAUAAUUUUCAUGGACGAGAUUGAUUCCAUUGGUUCGUCUCGGAUCGAGUCGGGUUCAGGCGGCGACUCAGAAGUCCAGAGAACCAUGCUAGAGUUGCUAAAUCAGCUGGACGGUUUUGAGGCCACCAAAAACAUUAAAGUCAUUAUGGCCACAAACAGGAUCGACAUUCUGGAUCCGGCGUUACUCAGACCCGGACGCAUUGACCGCAAGAUCGAGUUCCCGCCGCCGAACGAAGAAGCCCGACUCGACAUUUUGAAAAUUCAUUCAAGGAAAAUGAAUCUCACUAGAGGGAUUAAUUUGCGGAAAAUCGCGGAGUUGAUGCCCGGGGCUAGCGGGGCUGAAGUCAAGGGGGUUUGUACCGAAGCAGGGAUGUAUGCGUUGAGGGAGCGCCGAGUGCACGUCACCCAAGAAGAUUUCGAGAUGGCAGUGGCUAAAGUAAUGCAAAAGGACUCGGAGAAGAACAUGUCAAUUAAAAAGUUGUGGAAGUAAAAAUUGUAAUUUUUGUUUAAAUAAAAAUAUUAAUGCGUAA